GGGCGCGAGUUCCUCUCGCACCUGGCUGGCUGGCCGGCCUGUCGGUUGAUCGCCGCCCUUGAGCGGCUGUUUCGUCGCCGGGACAACCUGCGGGCUCGCGCUGUUGCCGUUUUCCUUUGACAAUGGCUGUAUCAGAAGAUGAAGCCCUUAUUAACAAAAAGCUACCCAAAGAACUUCUUCUAAGAAUAUUUUCCUUCUUGGACAUAAUUACUUUGUGUCGAUGUGCACAAGUUUCUAAGUCCUGGAAUAUUUUGGCCUUGGAUGGAAGUAACUGGCAAAGAAUAGACCUUUUUAAUUUUCAAACAGACGUAGAGGGCCGAGUAUUAGAAAAUAUUUCCAAAAGAUGUGGUGGGUUCCUGAGACAACUAAGUCUGAGAGGCUGUCUUGGGGUUGGAGACUGUUCUUUGAAAACAUUUGCACAGAACUGUAGAAAUAUUGAACACUUAAACCUUAAUGGAUGCACAAGAAUUACUGAUAACACUUGUUACAGCCUUAGCAAGUUCUGCCCCAGGCUGAAACAUCUGGAUCUGACAUCUUGUAUUGCCAUCACUGACAACUCCUUGAGGAAUUUAAGUGAAGGCUGCCAAAAUUUGGAAUCCUUAAAUCUUUCCUGGUGUGAUCAGAUUACAAAAGAUGGUGUUGAAACACUAGUAAAAGGAUGUAAUGGACUAAAGGCACUGUUUCUAAGAGGAUGCACACAGCUAGUAGAUGAAGCACUUCACCAUAUUGAGAACUAUUGCCAUGAACUUGUUCUCUUAAACUUACAGUCAUGUAUGCAAAUAUCAGAUGAAGGCAUAGCGGGUAUCUGUAGAGGAUGUCAUAGGCUCCAAUCACUUUGUGUUUCUGGUUGUACAAAUCUUACAGAUGCUUCUCUCAUAGCACUUGGUUUGAACUGUCCAAGACUGAAGAUUUUGGAGGCUGCCAGAUGUUCUCAUCUCACAGAUGUUGGUUUUACACUUCUAGCAAGGAAUUGCCAUGACCUAGAAAAGAUGGACCUAGAAGAAUGUGUUCUGAUAACAGACAACACAUUGAUACAACUAUCAAUUCAUUGUCCUAAACUGGAAGCACUGAGCUUGUCCCACUGUGAACUAAUCACAGAUGAUGGGAUUCUGCACCUGAGCAGCAGCACAUGUGGGCAUGAAUGUCUCCAGGUAUUAGAGCUGGACAACUGUCUGCUAAUUACAGAUGUGACUCUUGAACACCUUGAGAACUGCCACAACUUAGAGAGAAUUGAGCUAUAUGAUUGUCAACAAGUCACCCGUGCAGGCAUCAAAAGAAUAAGAGCUCAUCUACCAGCUGUGAAAGUUCAUGCUUACUUUGCUCCAGUAACUCCACCUCCUUCUGUAGGAGGUACUCGACAGCGACUCUGCCGAUGUUGCAUUAUUCUUUAACAGGUAAAGAGCUGGGCUGAUGACCAGUUCAGUGGAGGAGAAGAGUGGCAGGAGACCUUCGGCCACCUUCAAAUGCCAUCCCAGCCAUCUUAUUCUGCAUUGGUUGCAAUCCCAGUGCAAGUUUACAGGUAAAAUAUAUUUUAUGCAGAUGUGAAUAAUACUGACAUUCUGUUUAUUCUAAUUUUUCUGCUACUGCAAUCCAGAUUUGAUACCAGAUUGGGUAUUUUAAAAAAUGUAGCCAGUAGAACCAAAGUAGGACUGAACUACAUUGGUGAUAAUUCCAGCUCAAGUAUUAGGCAAAAUCAGAACACAGUCUUCAAUAGAUGCAGUCCAACAUGAAGGUUUCAUUGUGAUACCAGUUAUUUCAUGAACAAUUGUCAAAUCAGUCAUAGUUCCAGGUAUUUCAAAAAAAAUGUCUGCACUUUCAAAAAGCCAAAUUAUUGUACCUGCUGAAUGAGAAUCUGUCACACUAGAGAAAUUUAAGAAGCUGUAAUAAUAUUGCAGCAGGUUGAUAAACCAGUUAUUGAAAAGUUGUAAAGGAUUACUGUAUGGCUGAUGAUAAAAUGGCACAUAAUAUAGUGUAACUGUUACAUGGGCUUUACUGACAGAACAUUUCAGCAAGUAAUAGUGCAAAUGACCUUCAUCCCAUGGGGGUAUCCUACCUAUACAUCUACUGUUAUCUAGAAAUAUACAUAGCUGGAAGUCUUACAGAUUCGCAAAAUGUCCGUCAUGUUUCCAAUACAAACGAAUAAAUGCCUUUCUAAAAUGCCUAAA